CACAGUCAAAUAUGCUUUUGGGUUGCGUAACGCUGAGAAUGGUGCAGGCUGUGCUUUCCAAGUGUAACGUGGGGGCGUUAUCAAACUGAUAUGAGCCCUGCUGGCCUUUAAAAACACACAUCUGACACAGGAGGUGAGAAACAAGACACCAAGAACACAGCCAUGGCCUCCAAUCUGUCCCUUCUGCUUCUGGUGCUGGGCUAUCUGACUGUGGCUCAGGCCCAGAUCAGGCUGUAUAACCUGCGUGCCAGCAAUCUCGCCUCCAACAAUAUGGGCAGCAUGGAUGCCUAUGUCAAGGUGUUCUGUGGCUCUGCCUAUCUGGGUAAAACAGUAGUCCGUAAUAACAAUGUUAGUCCUUGGUGGACGGAGGAGUUCACCUACUUCAAGGCCAAGCAAAAUGAUGUGUUGAAGCUCGAGGUUUAUGACAGACAUGCUCCCUAUGACGAACUGCUGGGAGUGUGCCAGAGACAGCUCCGACUUGGAACCCAUGGGUAUGACUGCACCUUGAAGAGAGGAGGAACCCUCAUUUAUAUCUACACCCUCAGCACCAGCCAUCAAUAAGACAACGGAUGUUUCCCUUUUUGCAACGUACCAGCUAUUCCUGAGUUCCCAUUUUACAGGACAAACUCUUUGUGUGUGUCUGUAAGAACAAACACAACAUAAUGUUGUCAAAAGGAAAUAAAACCAGUUCCAACAAUCUA